CGGCGUUAGGUUGACGAAGGACCCACUAACGGCGGCUCAUCGUUAAGUUUCAUGAAGAUUGUUUCUGCAAAUGAUACUUUAUCCAUCUGAAAUCUGAAUCAUCUUAUCUAACACGCCGUUUUGUGUUGGGCUAAGUGCUCUGUUUGCAGACCCUGAAGAACCUUGUGGGGAAGCCACAGAAAGGGAGCCAUGUUUCUGUACAACAUCACCCUGCAGCGUGCCACGGGCAUCACUCAUGCCAUCCAUGGAAACUUCUCAGGAACCAAGAUGCAGGAGAUUGUUGUUUCCAGGGGAAAGAUAUUGGAAUUAUUGCGGCCAGAUGCCAACACAGGGAAGGUGCACACUCUGCUCACAGUGGAGGUGUUUGGCAUCGUUAGAUCCCUGAUGGCCUUCAGACUCACUGGAGGAACCAAAGACUACAUUGUCGUCGGAAGUGACAGCGGUCGUAUUGUCAUUCUGGAAUAUCAUCCAUCAAAAAACAUGUUUGAGAAAAUCCACCAGGAAACGUUCGGGAAGAGCGGCUGCCGGCGCAUCGUCCCCGGACAGUUCCUGGCCGUUGAUCCGAAAGGCAGAGCUGUUAUGAUCGGAGCGAUAGAGAAACAGAAGCUGGUUUAUAUUCUGAACAGAGAUGCAGCUGCAAGGCUGACCAUCUCCUCUCCGCUGGAAGCCCACAAAGCCAACACACUGGUCUACCACGUCGUAGGAGUCGAUGUCGGCUUUGAAAAUCCCAUGUUUGCCUGUCUCGAGAUGGACUAUGAGGAAGCUGACAAUGACCCUACAGGAGAAGCUGCUGCCAACACGCAACAGACGCUCACCUUUUACGAGCUGGACCUCGGCUUGAAUCACGUGGUCCGCAAGUACAGUGAGGCUUUGGAGGAGCAUGGAAAUUUCCUCAUCACUGUUCCUGGUGGUUCAGACGGUCCAAGCGGAGUUCUGAUCUGCUCUGAAAACUACAUCACUUACAAGAAUUUUGGAGACCAGCCUGACAUUCGCUGUCCCAUCCCGCGACGCAGGAACGACCUGGAUGACCCGGAGCGUGGCAUGAUAUUUGUCUGCUCAGCAACCCACAAGACCAAGUCCAUGUUCUUCUUCCUGGCCCAAACUGAGCAGGGAGACAUCUUUAAGGUUACGCUGGAAACAGAUGAAGAAAUGGUCACAGAAAUCAGGCUGAAAUACUUUGACACGAUCCCUGUGGCGACGGCCAUGUGUGUCCUGAAGACUGGCUUCUUGUUUGUGUCUUCAGAAUUUGGAAACCAUUACCUUUACCAGAUCGCCCACUUGGGUGAUGACGACGAAGAGCCUGAGUUCUCCUCUGCAAUGCCGCUAGAAGAGGGAGACACGUUCUUCUUCCAACCCCGCCCCCUCAAGAACCUUGUGCUCGUGGACGAACAGGAGAACUUAUCACCCAUCAUGUCCUGUCAGAUUGCUGAUUUGGCCAAUGAAGAUACACCACAGUUGUAUGUUGCCUGUGGACGAGGACCCCGGUCUACUCUGAGGGUCCUUAGACAUGGACUGGAGGUAUCAGAGAUGGCUGUGUCUGAGCUACCCGGUAACCCCAACGCUGUGUGGACAGUUCGCAGACAUGUGGAAGAUGAGUUUGAUGCCUACAUCAUCGUAUCUUUCGUGAACGCCACUCUGGUUCUGUCCAUCGGGGAGACCGUAGAAGAAGUGACAGAUUCUGGAUUUCUGGGAACGACGCCCACUCUCUCCUGCUCACUGCUCGGUGAAGACGCCCUGGUGCAGGUGUACCCAGACGGUAUCCGCCACAUCCGAGCGGACAAGCGUGUGAAUGAGUGGAAGACUCCUGGCAAAAAAACCAUUGUCCGCUGCGCUGUGAACCAGCGGCAGGUUGUCAUCGCACUCACUGGAGGAGAGCUCGUCUACUUUGAGAUGGACCCGUCCGGCCAGCUGAAUGAGUACACCGAGCGGAAGGAGAUGUCUGCAGACGUGGUUUGUAUGAGCCUGGCCAACGUUCCACCCGGUGAGCAGCGCUCAAGGUUCCUGGCCGUGGGACUGGUGGACAACACUGUUCGAAUCAUCUCCCUGGACCCUUCGGACUGCCUACAGCCGUUGAGUAUGCAGGCCCUGCCAGCCCAGCCAGAGAGUCUGUGUAUUGUUGAGAUGGGAGGGGUCGAGAAACAGGAUGAACUUGGAGAAAAAGGAACCAUCGGCUUCCUCUACCUCAACAUAGGGCUUCAGAACGGUGUGCUGCUGAGGACUGUGCUGGACCCAGUGACGGGUGACCUGUCGGAUACCAGAACACGCUACCUCGGGUCACGCCCUGUCAAACUCUUCAGAGUCAGGAUGCAGGGGCAGGAAGCUGUGCUGGCAAUGUCCAGUCGCUCCUGGCUCAGCUACUCGUACCAGUCUCGCUUCCAUCUGACCCCUCUGUCUUAUGAGACUCUGGAGUACGCCUCUGGCUUUGCCUCCGAGCAGUGCCCUGAAGGCAUCGUGGCCAUCUCCACCAACACACUGAGAAUCUUGGCUUUGGAGAAAUUGGGAGCCGUCUUCAACCAGGUGGCCUUUCCUCUGCAGUACACUCCCAGGAAAUUUGUAAUCCACCCAGAGACCAACAACCUCAUUGUAAUCGAGACUGACCACAAUGCCUACACCGAGGCAACCAAAGCCCAGAGAAAGCAACAAAUGGCUGAGGAGAUGGUGGAGGCUGCUGGUGAAGAUGAACGAGAACUGGCCGCUGAGAUGGCUGCUGCCUUCCUCAACGAGAAUCUCCCAGAAGCCAUUUUUGGUGCACCUAAAGCCGGAGCGGGACAGUGGGCCUCACUGGUGCGUCUCAUCAACCCCAUACAGGGUACAACACUGGACCAGGUGCAGCUGGAACAGAACGAAGCUGCAUUCAGCGUUGCGGUGUGCCGUUUCCCCAACACAGGAGAUGAUUGGUAUGUUCUGGUGGGCGUUGCCAGAGACAUGAUCCUCAACCCCAGAUCAGUGAGCGGCGGCUUUAUCUACACCUAUCGGCUCAUCAGUGGAGGGGAGAAACUGGAGUUUGUGCACAAAACCCCGGUCGAGGACGUGCCUUUGGCCAUUGCUCCAUUCCAGGGUCGGGUCCUGGUGGGAGUGGGGAAACUGCUGAGAAUCUACGACCUGGGCAAAAAGAAGCUGCUUCGCAAGUGUGAAAACAAGCACGUUCCCAACCUGGUGACUGGCAUCCAUACCAUCGGGCAGCGUGUGAUCGUGACCGACGUUCAGGAGAGCCUGUUCUGGGUUCGCUACCGACGCAACGAGAACCAGCUCAUCAUCUUCGCUGAUGACACGUAUCCCCGCUGGGUGACCACGGCCUGUCUGCUCGAUUACGACACCAUGGCCUCUGCUGACAAGUUUGGGAACAUCACCAUUGUGCGUCUUCCACCCAACACCAGCGAUGAUGUGGAUGAAGACCCCACAGGGAACAAAGCUCUAUGGGAUAGAGGCCUCCUUAAUGGAGCAUCACAGAAGGCUGAGGUGAUCAUGAACUACCACGUAGGAGAGACGGUGUUAUCGCUCCAGAAGACCACUCUGAUCCCUGGAGGUUCAGAGUCCAUGGUCUACACCACUCUGUCUGGAGGCAUCGGCAUUCUGGUCCCAUUCACCUCACAUGAGGACCAUGACUUCUUCCAGCAUUUAGAGAUGCAUAUGCGCUCUGAGUUCCCGCCACUGUGCGGCAGAGACCAUCUCAGCUUUAGAUCCUACUACUUCCCUGUGAAGAAUGUGAUUGAUGGAGAUCUGUGCGAGCAGUUCAACAGUAUGGACCCUCACAAGCAGAAAAGUGUGGCAGAAGAGCUGGAUAGAACGCCACCCGAGGUCUCUAAGAAAUUGGAGGACAUUCGCACUCGCUACGCCUUCUAAACGUACACCAUCAUGCAGCAGGGGUGGACACACACACACACACACAUCCUUCUCUGCCAGUAUGUCAGGACACAGAUUGAUGGAUUGUUAUAUGGUUGACUGGGCAGACACCUUUUUAUUACACGGAAACCGAGCACAAGAUGUCACAUGGUUGUAUUUCCCGUUCAUUGCUCAGUUAUGAUGCAAGUCUCAGACAUCUCCUUUUACAGAUGUAAACACCCGCAAUUACAUCUAAAAGUGCGCAAACAUUCAGUACUGACGUCAUCUCCUCCACAUACAUACCUACUGACUCAACUACUGAGAAGUUUCUUUUAAGUUUCUCACACCUCCCUUGUACCGUUGUCAGCCACAAACCACGCGCAUGCAGCGACCCCAUUACAAGGAAACUUAGCGGGAAGUCUCGGUCAGGUCAGCGCUCUUACUUUGUUAGGUUGUGUUGCCACAAUUAUCUUUUAUUCACAGUAACGACUGUGUGAAAAUCAUUCAUCACACUCACAGCUGUCAUAAGCGUCGUUCACACAAAACUGUGUGAACCGAAAUCUCCCAAUUGCGGGACGAGCAACUGUCAUCUGCACCCUGAGAGUACACGCACACUGACCCUAAAUCCUCUGUGAGCAAGUGAAUACUUUUUUUUAAAUGCCAAGCAGAAGGGUGUAGUUAGGGACAGAAUGAGUAGAGAUCGAUGUCCCGCCGCCCGGACAGAAGACCCUUGAAAGCUGAGAAUAUUUUUCUUAUGUCUUAUUUAGCAAGAAGGUGUUUCUUUAGUUUGUGUGUCCUAUCUUUGUUCUCAGCUAAAUUAAACAUGUUUUUGUAUUGUAAGAUUUUCUUUUGUUUUGUGUAUUGCUCAGAGUUACGUUAUGAUUCAUAUACCAUAGUCCAAGAUGGUAUUAUUAAAUCUUUCUUAGCCCCUUGCCCUACCUGUCCGUGUGAUGCCAUGUCGGGCCCAGGCUCAUUAAAGCAUAUUGCUUACUUGCAACUGGGAACCAAACAAGCCAACGUCUAACCCACUGUAAGCCUCAGGCCGCGGCUCAAGAAAUGUUGCCAUACUGUGGCGUUAGACGACGGCUGAACUCAGACUAAAUAAGUGGGUGGAAGAACAGUGAAGGUUUGCACUGGGUGUUGUUCUUCUCAGUCCUGUAAAUUCCCAACCUCAGCCACAGGCGCAGACAUAGCAUUCCUCAGUAGUCACUGAAUUUAGGGGUUUGUGGGAUGGGGGCAGUGGUCUGUUUUUGUAAAUAAAUUUUUUUGUGUGCUUUUAUAAUACCAUGUGUUUGUGUCAUUUCCUGCCACUGUAUGUGCACAACCAUCACUCAGCCAAAUGAUUCAUGAGUGCGUUUGUCUCAAUCAUUAUCAUCAGAGGUCCAAUAUUACGUUUUAUGAUUUGUUUUGGUAUCAGCAUAGGGAUAGUAGUUAAUCUUUGUAUUAAAAUUGAAUUAAAAUUUGAUUUAGACCUUGUAUUCAUAUCAUUGUGCACUAACUGGCUGAACACUGACUCGGGUGUUAAAUCUGUUGACGGCUCUGGAGUGCGUUUCCUUGUCAAGUUACACAGUGAGUCACCAAAGUGCAGCGAUUGACAGGAACCUUCCCUUCAGGAUUUAAGAAAGCUUUUCUUCUUUGCCAUACAUUGGCAUCUUCUCACCUUGGUAUUUUUAAUUAAAGAAAUGGUUAUAAAUAUUGAA